CUCUGCUGAAGUGACUUCCGGUUCCAGCGGAAGGCGGUAUAAAAGGCAGGGCUAGUGCCUUGAGACGUACACCUAAGGACACUCCGGGGCGAAUAUGGACAGGAGAAAGAAGCCCUUGGACGUCACGGCGUCCUCGUUGGUAGACCUUAAGGCUGAACUCUUCCGAAAACAAGAAGAAUUCAAACAAGAAAAACUUCUAAAAGAUGCUGGAGUUUUGGGAAAACCAAAACCAACUAACAAGAAACCAAGCAUCUGGAGCAAACAGAAUGCAGGAGUCUCUAACCGAGCUGAAAAGGAUGCUGAAGAGCAGAUUGCAGAACAGAAGACUCUGGAUAAAGCGAGGGAGAAAUUGGAAGAAAAAGCCAAAUUGUAUGAGAAAAUGACUAAAGGAGACUUUAUAGAUGAAGAGGUGGAGGACAUGUACCUUGUGGAUUUCACACAGAAGAUGAUCGACAGACACAAAGAAAUGGAAGCUGGUGGUGCCAAUAGAGAUUACAGAAAGACCGAAGAAAGAGACGAUGAUGAAGCAGCUCUUUCUGAAAAAGAUAUUCCUCCUCCCCAGGAUCCCAGUGAAGAGUGGGUGGAUUAUGUGGAUUCUUUAGGGCGAUCCCGGCGCUGUAUGAGAAAGGAUUUGCCAGAUCUGCUGGAAAUGGAUAAAAAUCUUCAGGGGAGGCUUUUCGUUAGUCCUGCAAAUGAGAAAACCUUACUGUCUGAAGAUAUGAGAAAAGAACUCCAGCGCCAGCAGUGGGAGGAAGAAGAGAGGGAGGCCAUGAGAAGGCCAAUGGGGCCCGUACAUUAUGAAGACAUCCGUGAAAAUGAGGCCCGGCAACUUGGUGUUGGAUACUUUGCUUUUGCCCGAGAUAAAGAGUUGAGAAACAAGCAGAUGAAAACCUUAGAAAUGCUGCGUGAACAGACAACAGAUCAGAGAACAAAACGAGAAAACAUAAAGGAAAAGAGAAAAGCCAUAUUAGAAGCAAGACUUGCCAAACUCCGACAGAAAAAGAUGAAAAAAUCAAAAGAAGAUGGAGCAGAGGAAGAAAACAGAGGUGGAGAUGUUAUUGGCCCUUUGCCCCCAGAACCAGAGGUCAUGCCAGCUCCUCGUACAGCCGCCCAGAGUAGCAAAGUGGAAGUCAUCGUUCAGGAGAGGAAAGAUACCAGACCCGGGGUGCCACACGUCCGUGAGUGGGACAGAGGAAAAGACUUUUCCUUUGGGUACUGGUCGAAGAGGCAGUCAGAUCUCCGGGCUGAGAGAGACCCUGAGUUUGCGCCACCAUCGUAUUACUUUGCGGACCAAAAGAGAACUGAGUGUCUGAGCAGCCAGGCGUGGAGCCGACCUGCCCCUGCACAGAGGGACCCGGGGCAGCACCCUGGCCAGAGCCAUGACCCCUGCGUGUCACAGACAUCAUCUGCUCCUGCCCCCAGCAGCCCGCCACAAGCCCCGACGGUCACUUUUGAAACUCUGGAUGAUAUGAUAUCAUAUUAUAAACAAGUAACAUGAACUUAAAAACA